AUGCGUAUUAUAGAAGAAAAGACCAUUUUUGUUACGUGCGGCGCAACGAUACCCUUUCCAAGGCUCGUCUCAUGCGUGCUGAGCGAUGAAUUUUGCCAAGAAUUGAUUCAAUAUGGGUUCGUGCGUCUUAUCAUUCAGUUUGGGAAAAACUACGUUUCUGAAUUUGAACGUUUGGUGCAAGAACGUGGUGGUCAAAGAGAGAACCAAAAAUUUCCAACCGAGCAGUUUGGCUGCGGUGACACCGUAAGGCACUACGCCUUAAUGAACGGGAAAUUAGAGGUGACCGGGUUCGACUUUUCGACCAAGAUGCAAAGCAUCAUACGUGAUUAUUCAGACUUGGUCAUAUCACACGCCGGAACAGGCUCAAUACUGGAUUCUCUACGGUUGAACAAACCACUGCUAGUUUGUGUGAAUGAUGCUUUGAUGGAUAACCACCAGCAGCAGAUAGCAGACAAGUUUGUGGAGUUGGGCUAUGUAUGGUCUUGUGCACCCACUGAAACAGGUUUGAUAGCUGGUUUACGUGCGUCUCAAACAGAGAAACUGAAAUCAUUCCCCGUUUCUCAUAACUCGUCGUUUGAACGAUUACUAAGUGAAACUAUAUAUAGCUAG